AUCUGUAUCAGUCGCAUUCGACCGUUGUUCGUUUACCAACAUUACCCAAAACCGUACCCCGAAUGGAGCUGUACUUUAACAUUGUGUCACCACCGUGCCAGAGUGUGCUGCUGGUGGGCAAAAAGCUGGACAUUACGUUCGACCUAAAGGAAGUCAAUCCUCAUCUACCGGAAGUGCGGGAACAGUUGAGGAAGUACAAUCCCCAACACACCAUACCGACGCUGAUUGAGGAUGGACACGUUAUUUGGGAGUCGUACGCCAUCGCCAUCUAUUUGGUGGAAAAGUACGCCAAAGAUGAUUCACUCUACCCGAAAGAUCCGAAGGUACGCUCCAUCGUGAACCAGCGGCUGUUCUUCGACAAUGGCGUAAUGUUCAAGGCGGCCAUCACGUACGUGGAGUAUAUUUUGAAGAAAAAACUUGAACCAACGGAUGAAAUGGUGCAGAAGCUUAAGAAGGCGCUCGAACUGUUGGAAUCGUUCGUGAAAGAACGUUCGUUUGCUGCGGCUGAUCAUUUGACGAUCGCCGAUAUUUGUCUACUCAGCAGCGUGACGAUGCUGGUAGGCAUCAAGUUCGAGCUGGAACCAUAUCCAGCAAUUCAGGCUUGGGUUGCACGUGUUACCGGGGAACUGCCAAAUUAUGCCGAAUUUCACAAGGAAUUGCUUGAGAAGAGCAUGGAGUACAUUAAAACCCUCUAAAGCGAUGAUAUUUUAAAAGCGGGAGCAUUUUAAACCAUUAAUAUUCAUUGAUAUCUUCUCGAAUUUGUUAAAUACAAACUGAAAAGGAAUUCGCAGCACAAAAGCAACAUUCAUUAGGUUUAAUUAUGUAUGUUUUCCGUUUCACUCACAUACCUUGCACUUAAGAGUGCAUUAAGGAGUUUAUGAAUAAUGUUUCCAUUAUCGUAUUUUGCCUGAAAUGUUAAAAUCGAACAAAUAAAAUGACAUUUUUUUCACCUAAU